GUGUCGGUGGGGCGGUUGGCUUGUCUCUCAACGUUGGUGUCCGUGCCGUUGAACUGCCCGCCAUGGCUGAACUAGAUCCGUUCGGCGCCCCCGCCGGCGCCCCGGGCGGCCCCGCGCUGGGGAACGGGGUGGCCGGUGCCGGCGAAGAAGACCCGGCCGCGGCCUUCUUGGCGCAGCAGGAGAGCGAGAUUGCGGGCAUCGAGAACGACGAGGCCUUCGCCAUCCUGGACGGCGGUGCCCCCGGGCCCCAGCCGCACGGCGAGCCGCCGGGGGGUCCGGAUGCUGUUGAUGGAGUGAUGAAUGGCGAAUACUACCAGGAGAGUAAUGGUCCAACAGACAGUUAUGCAGCUAUUUCACAAGUGGAUCGCUUGCAGUCAGAGCCUGAAAGUAUCCGUAAGUGGAGAGAAGAGCAAACGGAACGCUUGGAAGCCCUUGAUGCCAAUUCUCGGAAGCAAGAAGCAGAGUGGAAAGAAAAAGCAAUAAAGGAGCUAGAAGAGUGGUAUGCGAGGCAGGACGAGCAGUUACAGAAAACAAAAGCAAAUAACAGGGCAGCAGAAGAAGCCUUUGUAAACGACAUAGACGAGUCGUCCCCAGGCACUGAGUGGGAACGGGUGGCCCGGCUGUGUGACUUUAACCCCAAGUCCAGCAAGCAGGCCAAAGACGUCUCCCGCAUGCGCUCUGUCCUCAUCUCCCUCAAGCAGGCCCCCCUGGUGCACUGAAGAGCCACCCUGUGGAAACACUACAUCUGCAAUAUCUUAAUCCUACUCAGUGAAGCUGUUCACAGUAAUUGGAUUAAUUAUGUUGAGUUCUUUUGGACCAAACGUUUUUGUCUUUAGAGUUGAUCAUUGUUUGUGAUUGCAUGUUUCCCUCAACUGUGUUCUCCCUGGCAUUCAGAGAGGAGGGGGAGGAAGCCUCCCAAAGGUAGCCUCAACCUCUACUUUUGUGCAUUAUUCUGAGAAUAAAUUUGUUUCAGAAACAAUAA